CAAGUCGACCUAUGCAUCCCUAACACACUACGAACGAACACAAAACGAAGAAGAGAAAUAUUUUUCUUGGCUGACAAAAACCUAUUUUCCAACGAGAAAAUUUGCAAAAUUUAAGAAAAAUCAAGAUAAAAUCCACAAAUAAAAUAUCAAAUAUUAAGAAAGCAAUGCCCCGCAGUGAAUUGUCAGCAAUGAAGGGCAAUGUUUGUGCGAAAUAAAAACGAAAUGCAGUAAUAAUUAUGUAGGCAACCCCUGACAAGAGGAGGCAGCAGCACAAAGAAAUGGAUAAAGAAUUUUUUUUUGGAAAAAAGUUGGCGACAAAUUUGCGAAAAUAUUGCUGCAGUUUUAUACGAAAAAGUGAAAGAAAAGUGUAAUAAUUGGAAAAGUUUUCCAUGAAGAAAAGUAUAAUGAAAAUUAUAUGAAUUUGUUGUGUUUUUAAUUAAAUGAAAUCAAAUUUGGUGCUCUAUACAAAAUAUAAUAAGAAGAAAAUACUAUACCUAGCAGCAGCACCGUCGUCGUCGUCGCCGCCACCACCCCACCUCCUCUGUUAUUAUUAUACUUUUCGCGUAAUAUGUUGUAGACGACGUCUUCGUUUGGGACAGACGGAUAAAAAUAAAAAAGGCAACACCACCACACACACGACCGACAAACGAAAAAAAAAGAAGUUAAACCAAAAAAAAACAAAAAGAAUACGGCUGGCUGUUGAAUUUUACAAACCACGACGAUUGAAGAAAAACCCCAUAAUUUGUUUUCGCUUAUAUUGGAUAUAUCUUUAACCGAUUAUGGAUAACAAAAGCUGUAAUAACAAUACUGUGUGUUGAGACUAAAAAAGAAAUUUUGAAACCCAUGCACACAUCCCCUCUUCUCUCGCUCCACACAUCCAAUGUAACAAAAUUGUGAUCAUGAUAAAUAGUAGUUCUACAACAGCAACUCCAGUUAAAACAAUGACACCGGUGCGCAGCAAUCCCCAUCAAUCGAAUGCCCACUCAGCUUCUGCAUCUUCGUUGCCAGCCAAUGAUUUGGAUGUAAUACAGGAUAUGAUUGAUUGUUCGGCCAAUCGUUUGGAGGGAUUGCGAACACAAUGUCUAACCAGUACCCUGUUAACGCAACGAGAAAUACGCAGUUUGGAAACCAAACUGCUACGUAUGUUCUCCGAGCUAUUACUAACCAAAGGAAGACUAAACGAACGUUUGCCAGCAAGCGGUCUACCACAUACCUCAGGCAAUGAAUUGCGACAAUGGUUAAGGGUGGUGGGUCUAAGUCAGGAAACAUUAAAUGUUUGCCUCACUCGACUAUCAACCUUGGAACAGCUAUUGGAAUUAAAUGAAGAUGCUCUAAAGGAACUUUUGGAGCACAAUCCCAAUUAUCGCGAGGAAGAAUUAAGGCGACUAACCAAAGCCAUGCAAAAUCUAAGAAAAUGUAAAGAUAUAUUGACCACACCCGCUGUACACGAGACUACGCAAGAUUCCGAGUUGGCCACAGAUGCGGAGGAAACUAAAUCGUCAAGGGAAAGUAAUGAACAAUUAAUAGAACAAUUAUUUUGGGAUUCAUGGGAUCGACAUCAUCGUGGCAGUGUGGGUAAUAUUGGUAUUACAGCAUCGCCACGCACUAAUCGCAAUGCUCUAAAACAAGCCAAACAGCAGCAACAGCAUCAAUCCAACAGACAAUCGCCAUCAAACGAUAAUCAAUCAGCAUACAAAUCUUCAUCCAGCACCACCUCCAUAAACAAUUCCAUGAAUGAUGACAACAAUUCCACACAAAGUAGCCAGAGUUCGGCACUAACAUUGACUCUAACGCCAUCACCACCCAAUUCACCAUUUUCCAUAUCAACCUCAGUAUUUGGCGGCGGCGGUGGUGGCAGUUUAAAUGGUACCCCUCAAAAGACCACAAAAAUUGCCGGCACUCCUCCACCCAUGAAAAAACACAUGACUUCUCUGAACAGUAACCAGCCAUUGACGCCAACGCAUGCUGCCUCACUGCAGCACAGUGCCGGAGGUUAUCAUCAUCAGCAGGCCCAUCAACAGGAUCACAUACCCAUACCUUUGUCAAAAUCGAAAUCAAAUGAAUCCCAGUUUCAAGAUUCGUCAUUGUCUUCGAUGUCGACAACCAUCAUAAGUUCACCGACCAUGGCCAAUAGUGGUGGUGGUGGUGGCGGUCCUUUGAAAUAUAACUCUGGCUAUGGUAGCAACACAACAACAGCAACCAGAUCAAGACUUAACACAGAUCCCAGUCCCGACAGCCAUUCAUCGGCCAGUUCAGAUAUAUUUGUGGAAUCAUCCAACAACAGUAGCAACAACAACAGCCUACAAGUCCCUCUUUCGCCCUGUACACCCAUUGUCAACCUAAGCAUGAGUCACAAUAUUGCCCAUCGUUUCAAUACGGUGGUGAAAGUGGCCACAUGUGAUUUAUGCCUGAAGCCCAUGUUUAUUGGACGCAAAUGCAAGGAAUGUAAAUAUCGUUGCCAUAAAGUGUGUGAACCCGAUGUGCCACCCUCAUGUUGUUUACCUCCAGAAUUUAUAAAAGAAUUCAAGAAUGCCAUUAAGGAUCAGGUGGCUGCCGGCUAUCACAAUCAACUGACACACACUCUGCAGACACAAUCGCCCAAUCAAAGUCAUGGUAGCUUGGGCAAACAGCGUAAGGCUCGCACCGCCGGUGGCGGACGUCAUCAGAAGCAUGGCUCCAAUGUUAGUGCAAGUAAUGCUGGUGGCAUCAUUGGUGGCGGUGGCAUGCAUGCCGACAGCAGUUCACCCGGUUCCAGUUGUAACAGUUCUAGUCCUUCAAGUCCUGCUCUUUUCAAUCUCCAACAUCAUCAUUCUUCGGGCGAUAUGCAGGCCACCACAAUAAUGAGCUCAUCGGCGGGUGGUUCGAGUACCAGCUCCAAUAUGUUGUCCACACCUUCGUCUCACAAAAAUGCCAGUCAAUUUAAUUUUCCUGAUGUUACCAUUACCUCCAACUGUAACAAUCCGGCUGGGGCAACAACUGAAACUAUUCUCUCGGCUCAAAAUGCAAACACCUGUUCGCCAAGUCAUGAAUACAACAUGAUGGAUGGUGAUGGUCAACAGCAACAGCACCAACAACAACGUUCACGCAACAACAGCAAUGAAGCCUUGAUUUCAUCGACAGGCAAUAAUUCUAAUAAUUUGAGUGGAUCAGGAUCGGGUGCGGCUGUGGGUGGUGUGCAAGGCAACAGUUCAUCAUCAACAACUAUGUCGUCAUCGUCGACAACAACAACGUCACAUCACAACAACAUUGCGGCGGCCAACAAUAUUGUAAAUGCUGGACCGGCAACAUUUUUCCCACGAAAACUAAGUUCUGCUGGUGUGGAUAAACGUGGCAAUUUUACCGAAUUAUCGGAUACCCACAAAUCAAAUGACAGCGACAAGACCGUAUCUCUGUCGGGCAGUACCUCUGCCUCCACAGACUCUGAUCGAACACCGGUGAGGUUGGAUUCCACAGAAGAUGGUGACUCUGGAAAUUGGCCAAGACAAAAUUCCCUAUCCCUCAAAGAAUGGGAUAUACCCUAUGGAGAUUUAAAGAUGUUGGAAAAAAUUGGCCAAGGUCGGUUUGGUACCGUGCACAGGGCCAUGUGGCAUGGUUCUGUGGCCGUUAAACUGCUAAAGGAAGACUAUUUGGCCGAUGAGCAAAUGUUGGAGGUCUUCAAGGCUGAGGUGGCCAAUUUCAAGAAGACACGUCAUGAGAAUUUGGUGCUUUUUAUGGGUGCUUGCAUGAAUCCGCCGUACUUGGCCAUUGUGACAUCCCUGUGCAAGGGCAAUACCCUGUACACCCAUAUACAUUCACGUCGCGAGAAAUUUGUCAUCAACAAGACCACACUGAUAGCCCAACAGAUUACCCAGGGCAUGGGCUAUCUGCAUGCCCGCGGCAUCAUACACAAGGAUUUGCGCACCAAGAACAUCUUCCUGGAGAAUGGCAAAGUUAUUAUAACCGAUUUUGGUUUGUUUAGUUCAACAAAGCUACUGUACUGUGAUAAAGGUCUGGGUGUACCACUUGGUUGGCUGUGCUAUUUGGCACCCGAAUUAAUGCGUUGUCUUAUGCCUUGUAAGCCUACGGGUGAGAUCCUGCCAUUUUCGGCUGCCUCGGAUGUGUAUUCCUUUGGUACGGUGUGGUAUGAACUGUUGUGCGGUGAAUUCCCCUUCAAAUCCCAGCCGCCGGAAUCGAUAAUCUGGCAAGUGGGUCGCGGCAUGAAACAAACGCUGGCCAAUUUACAAACAUCCCGUGACGUGAAGGAUAUUUUGAUGUUGUGUUGGCAUUACACCGUCGAUGAUAGACCUGAUUUUCCCAAACUGUUGACAUUGUUUGAGAGAUUACCGAAGAAGAGAUUGGCUAGAUCACCCUCACAUCCCAUACAAUUGUCUAGAUCAGCUGAGGCCAUAUUUUAAGGAGUGGGAAUUGUAAUUUCCGAAAGAUAAAUUAUAUGCCGACUAGACAACAGAAAGAUGGGAAGUAUGGCAAAAAUCAACAACAAACUACAACAAGAUUAUAUAAAUAAAUGUAAAUAUAAAUAAAUAAAUAAUAUUCAAUAUAUUAAAGUUGAAAACAAAACAAAGCAAAACAAAAAAGGACUUUUUUCCGCAAAAAAGGCAUUCCUCCCCUUUUCUAGAAAUUGCAUGUAAAUUAUAAAUUAUAUGAAACAAGCAAACAAAACACACACACUUACUUUUAGCAAACAUCAACAAAACAAAAGUACAUAUACAUAUUAAUUUAAAAAACAAAUAUGCAAAAUGAACACACUACAUAAUUGUAAAUAUUUAUUGAGUUAGAAACUAAAAAAAGCAUAAAAACCGAAAGAAAGAAAUAACAAAACAUAGCAACCAUAACAUAUGUUUAAAACAAAUUAUUUAAACAAACCACACAAAAAUAUCUAUGCUUUAAGUAAUUACAAAGAUAAAAUAAAACAAAAAAACUAUGUAAUAUCAUUAAGCUAAAAGACAAGCAAAAAAUAAAAUAAAAA